AUGACUUUCUACGGCAGAGCCUUCCAGGGGUGCCCGAUGUGUAAGACUCGAAAAGUCAAGGAAAGUCUUUGUGUGCCUUACCUCGGCAAAUCAAGCACUAACAUGGUCAACCAGCAAAUUAUCCCGGGUUCCAUCACAACUCCUCUCGAGACGCGCGCAUCCUGUCAUUUUCUCUCCAACUACGUUCUAAUCCCCAACAAAGGAAGUUCCGCGGGAUUCUUGGAGUUUAUCCUACCACUAGUGCAACAAAAUGAUACCAUCACGCACUUCAAGUACGCAUUUGAUGCCUGUGCCCUCGCAUCGCUUAGUACUAGGGUCGGCGCCGGGAAAGACCUCGAAAAGCUGGCUCUGGCUCAGUACACGAGAGCAUUGGCUGCAGUAUCAAUGGCGUUGAAGGACCCAGGCGUUGCUAAGCUUGAUGCUUCGUUGGCAGCCGUCUUCCUGCUCGGCCUCUUCGAGCACAUCACGGCCAAACAUAUCAUGGCGUGGGGGAUGCAUAUUGAGGGUGCUGUUCGGCUUGCCGGAACUGGUGGCGACAAUCAGUCGAGUUUACGCAUCGCUGUUCAAAUGCAGAUGAUUACCUUUAUGCUUAGCACCGGCACGGCACCUUCGGUGGACGUUCUGAAUUGGGCAGAUGGUACAGCCGGCGAUGAUUGCACGCUGCAGUGCAUGAAACUCAGCAUCCGUGCGGCAGAUUUAGGGGCCAAAAUUAGCCGCCUUCUCAUCCGUCUGCCUCGAACAUCGGAGAAUGUUGACUCGAUACAAGGCCUAAUUCGACAAUGUAAAGAUCUUGACCGAGAGUUUACAAAAUGGGCCAGCAACUUGUCCGAGCAUUUUCAGCGGAAAACGGCAACCUGGGUAUUCGAAGUGCCGCUGGAAUACGCCAAAGCUGAGGCAUUCCCGGGACGCAUGGAUGUCUACCAGGAUCUGUGGGCAUCAUACAUGUGGAACAUGAUGCGUUGCUCCCGCAUCAUCCUGGCGUCAAAGGUCAUCCGCUCCGCGGCUUGGAUCUGUUGCCCUAUGAAUUACCGAACCACGCCCGAGUUCGCGCUGGCCUCUGCAACGUGCACUGAAAUGAUCGCCGACAUCAUAGCUUCGAUCCCAUACCAUCUCGGUUGGUCCGCGAAUAACGAGGAACCUUUCGCACAGGCCACUUCAUCAGGCUUUGCAUGCGGAAAUAAUGACGCGCAGAAGUCUCUCGCGGGGUUUUUCCUGACGUCGCCUUUGGCUUGUGUUCAAGGGCAAGAUUUUACGACGGACUCUCAGCGCGCUUGGGUCCAGGGCCGCCUAGAGUAUAUCGCAAAAGAACUGGGUGUCCGAUAUGCGGGAACACUAACCAAACUAAAUCUGCGCAUCCCUUCUAUGCUUAUCCGGCGAGAUAGACUGGUAGCCGAUCUCUGCCGUCUCUCACCCGACUUCGAGAUGUCACUCAUGGCAAAAACUACAACGCCAGCAGAGAAUUCCCCUGAAAGUGCAUCGGAGGAGAUAAUAGCCGUGCAGAAAAGGAUAGUCCAGUGCCGCAUAGCAAGGCUCGUGGAAGAAGUAAUGGGUGCAUCUGGCCAGGUAAACGAAGCCUCUGCAAGAGGUUGGCUGCAGAUUUAG